UUUUUUAAACAAAAAAUGGAAAUUACGGAAGAAUCAAAAUCCUCAUCAUCUUCCAAUAAAACCAGUCAACAACCCAAAAAACCGUUUACUUUAAAACGAUGGAAUUUAAUAGCUACAUGGGCAUGGGAUGUAGAAUGUGACACUUGUGCAAUUUGUCGAGUUCAUUUAAUGGAGGCCUGUCUUCGUUGUCAAUCAGAAUCUAAAGCACAAGAAUGUGUUGUAAUAUGGGGAGAAUGUAAUCAUUGUUUUCAUUUGUGUUGUAUGUCACUUUGGGUGAAACAAAAUAAUCGCUGUCCCCUUUGCCAGGCCGAAUGGAAUGUUCAAAGAGUUGGAAAAUGA